AUGCCGCCUCAGCAGCCGAGCGCGGCGGAUGGAAUCCCCCGCACGUCCGAGGUGCCUUUCUUCUCAAGCCUGCACGGCAGGGAGCGUCGCGCCCUCCGCGGAAUCACCCGGAUCGAUCUACAGUCAGCAGUCAAAUACGGAAAGAAGGACACUCCGUCGCCGAACCAAGCCACGGGUGCUCGCAGGUGGAAGUACACGCACGCAAACAUCGUGUACAUCACCGAUGAGACAUCCACUCUUGAGAUCACCUGCUACGUGAAGCCCAACUAUGUCCCCCGCGCAAACUUGACCCCAGAUCACGUCCGGGACCACGAAACCGCGAAAAACCGCCUGAAGACGGAUCCUUCCUUGUGCACAUCGCACACGGUCAUCGUCGUGGACCAGUCCGGGUCCAUGAACAUGUGUGAUGUCACGGACUUGCGCACCCGCUCCAUGGCUGUCUUCGGAACGUUGGCCUUGGAUUUUGUGGGCAAGCAGAGGCUUUCCGGGGAAGCCACCGAUAGGGAUGCCGUGUCUCUGGUGCUGAUGCGAGAUUCAGCGGAGGUGGUUUUCGAAAGGGAACCAAUGGGCUUGGUUCUGUACAACAAGUUUGUCGGCCUCCACGACCAAAGCAGGCCACGGUCCCACGGCAUGUUCCUACCAGCGCUAAACGAAGCGGAGCGGCUCCUCAAGAGCCAAGUCCACGUCGGGUGUGCCUUGUCCCUCAUGUUCCUCUCUGACGGUCGGCCCAGCGACCAGGGUUCCUCUCAGAUGCACGUGAUCGCGGAUCGAGUUCGUUCUCUGGCCGAAGUCUUCGGACAAAAACUCUCUGUUACAACUCUCGGGUUCGGCAACAAACGCCAAGACUUUUCCGUUCUCGAGGCCAUGGCUGGCGCUGCCCAAGACGUGGGGGCGCAAGGGGAAUUCCACCUGCCGGAGCUCACCGCAGAGGGCCUUGGGACCGCCAUCGUGGAGAGGGAAGCCGCGGGCAGUGAAUGGGGCCAUGCGCCAACCGCACUCCAAACGGGGGACGGCUGGAUAGUGUACAAGGAUGACCUUCAGCGGUACGAGUUCUCAUAUAAAGGUAUCCGGUAUUCCAGGUUCCCGUGGGUCCGCAUCGACCAUUUCUCUCCGGAGGCCACCGCUAUCGCCAUUCGCAAAAAGGCUUUGGGCGAGGGAUCCGAACGCUUGGUCUUUGGACUGCAGGAGGUGAGCCUCGCGGGGGAGUUCGUCGGGCCGAAGUUAGUUGCGAAGGAGAGCAAACACGUGGGCGACGAGUACCUCAAGAUGGAGUUUCAGGGGUCCUUUGCGAAGACGCAGCAGGUGUCGAAGCUUCUCGCUGCGAAGUUUAACGCGAUGGUGCGGGAGCGCAUGAAUGUCCUCGGCCUUGCCACUAGCCGGGCAUGGGACGUGUCCUUCAUCGACUGCUCGGUCUAUCGAUCGUCUGUGCGUGGUGUACUGGUCGAGAAGAUGCUGGAGCCGGCUUGCCGCUACACGAAGUGGAACGGAAACGAUGGAUACGUUCACUGCGCGUUCGGAUCGCCAACGGCUGCCCGAGCAACGAAGAUGUUGAAAAACAUGGAGGCUAUCAUGGAAGGCAACGAGGAAGAAGAUGGCACCGAUAGCGUUGUCACCAACAACGAAGACGACGACGAAAGCGGCCCGCCCGAUGAGACGGCCAAAGCCAACUCCAGAGCCAGCUCUGCCAUCACCACCCCCGGUAAAGGCGAGGCCCAAGCUCGAGAGCGGUGUCAGGCGCUCGAGACCUUCAAGGACGUCACCCUGGUGGACUCGCGCGUUACCGCGUCCGAGUUCCUGGAUGCCACGGACUGGAUCCCCGACGCCGCGAUCACCCUUUUCCUCGAAUCCGACGACUUCGAACCCGCGCAGGAGGACGAACCCGAGGACCACGACUCCGAGGAGGACGCAACGGCAGCACGCCAAGAAGCUGCUUCUAGAACCCCCGGCUCAGCCACCGCUGCCCCUGGGGGGUGCAAUUUUGGACCCGAGCCUCCUCUCCCUCCGUCGUCGUUGCCUGUCGGACAAGCUCGCGCGACCGCAGACCGUGCGUGGGGCACAGGCUGUUUCCGCAGCUUCCCGGCGGCAGACGCUCCCUCGCUACCCGCGCCCAACAGUUUCGGAGCUCCGGCUGCUUCGGCCUCCGCCGGCGCAUUCCACUCCUCUGCACCCACCACGUUCAGACCCGGGUCCAAGAUGGCGACGGCUGGUGUCACAGCCCUUUUGCCCACUCCCGCCGCCUCGAGAACGCUCGGUGAUGGUCUUGGGGGGUCGAGCGCUUGCGCUAACAACCCACCGGCUGCCGCCGGGGUCAGUUUGGGGAAACGUCCGUCCUCCGCUAGAUCUGACGAAGGUCACAUUGACGGCAGCGCUCGCAAUCGGGGUCUCCGCGGGCCUCGCGGCUUGCCGUCCAGGUCUUUUGCUCCUAAAGCGGAGUGCUACCCGCAGGCGUUCUCCCACUUUUCCUACUGGCAGACUCGUCGCAAGAUGCUGGUGUGCGAUCUGCGGGGUGUACUUUCGAGCAGUGCUCCCGGUGAGGAUCGCGCGGGAGUGUUCGAGCUCACGGACCCCGUAAUCCACUACAGAUCGAAGUCCGGACGGACGCAAGUCUAUGGGAAGACGGACCUCGGCAAGAGCGGCAUGAACAAGUUCUUCAAAACCCAUCGGUGCAACGACGUUUGCCGGCUGCUCGGUUUUGGAGAGUAA